AUUUGCAGCUCACAUAAUCAUUUAAUACGAUUAAUUCUAAACUAAAUGCGUAAUAAUGAACCCAAAAAAAACAGUUUUGCAGGGACGAAAUCACUGAUUAGUGAAGUGAUUAUUACACUUGUCUUUCUCAAAUCAGCGAAGCCCACCGGACCGGGUCAUAUACCGAUUUAAACCGUAGAUUACAACUCCUGGCUUUUGUUUAGUUAAACUAAAAACACUGAGAGAACCAAAGCAAAACUCAUCAGAGAGCAUCUAUCUUUCUUCUUCAUCGGGGCGGACUAUACGUCUUCUUCUUCUUCUUCUUCUUCUUCUUCUUCUUCUUCUUCCUUUGCUGUCUUUGUCGCAAAUCAGACUUUUUUACCAAAAUUAUACCAUUUUUUGAGUUUCCGUUCCCUCUCAAUUGAAGCUAUCAUCGGCCUCUUCCUUCUCUCUCUAAUUGAAUGAUGGAGGCCAAACCAAAAAGGAGGAUUGUUACAGAGAAUGGAGAUACAGGGGAGGAUUUGGUUCUUGCUACAUUGAUUGGAAAUGGUGAUGAUGUGGGUCCUCUUGUUAGGCAUGCUUUUGAAAUGGGGCGGCCUGAGCCUCUCGUUCAUCAGCUCAAAAAUGUGGCCAGGAAGAAGGAAGCUGAGAUUGAGGAUCUAUGCAAGACCCACUAUGAAGAAUUCAUUGUUGCAGUUGAUGAGCUCCGUGGUGUGCUGGUUGACGCUGAAGAGCUUAAGAGUGACCUUGCAAGUGAUAAUUUCCGCUUGCAAGAGGUUGGUAGUGCCUUAUUGGUAAAGCUGGAGGAGCUUCUCGAGUCUUAUGCUAUCAAAAAGAAUGUAACUGAAGCUAUUAAAAUGUCAAAGAUCUGUGUUCAAGCACUGGAGCUGUGUGUUAAAUGCAACAGUUACAUAUCUGAAGGUCAGUUUUACCAUGCCCUGAAAACCAUGGAUUUGAUUGAAAGGAGCUACCUGAAGCUUAUCCCACUUAAAGUUCUAAAGCUGGUAAUAGAAAGAAGAAUCCCAGUGAUCAAAUCACAUAUUGAGAAAAAAGUGUGCAGCCAAUUUAAUGAAUGGCUUGUUCACAUUAGGAGUUCCUCUAAAAAUAUCGGACAGACUGCUAUUGGCCUCACUGCUUCAGCUCGCCAGAGGGAAGAAGAAAUGCUGGAACGUCAAAGGAGAGCAGAGGAACAAAACACUGGGGGUUUGGGAGAACUGGCAUACACUUUAGAUGUUGAAGACUCGGAACAAGAUUCUCUUUUAAAGUUUGAUCUGACACCUCUGUAUCGAGCUUAUCACAUCCACACUAUACUUGGCGUCCCAGAACGAUUCCGUGACUAUUACUAUGAGAAUAGGCUACUACAGCUCAAAUCAGAUCUGCAGAUCUCUUACACACAGCCAUUUGUGGAAUCAUACCAAACAUUUCUAGCCCAGAUUGCAGGGUAUUUCAUUGUGGAGGAUCGGGUGAUUAGGACAGCUGGAGAUUUCUUGUUGGCUGAUCAAGUUGAGACAAUGUGGGAAACAGCCAUUUCCAAAAUUGUAGCGGUAUUGGAGAACCAAUUUGCCAGAAUGGAUUCGCCUACUCAUCUGCUUUUGGUGAAAGAUUAUGUAACUCUCCUUGGCACAACCCUUAGACAGUACGGUUAUGAAGUGGGGCCAGUUCUUGAUGCUCUUGACAAGAGCCGAGAUAAAUACCACGAGCUUCUUCUUGAAGAGUGUCGAAAGCAAAUUGUGACUGCUAUUACAGAGGACUCUUAUCAGCAGAUGGUAAUCAAGAAGGAAGCUGACUAUGAAAACAAUGUAUUGUCGUUUAAUCUUCAGACCUCAGACAUUAUGCCGGCUUUCACAUAUAUUGCCCCCUUCUCUUCUAUGGUACCUGAUGUUUGCCGCAUCAUCAGGUCAUACAUAAAAGGAUCUGUUGAUUACUUGUCCUAUGGAGUGAACACUAAUUUCUUCAGUGUUCUGAGGAAGUACCUCGACAAAAUCUUGAUUGAUGUAUUGAAUGAAGUUAUCCUCGAGACGAUUAGCAACAAUUCAAUUGGUGUAUCUCAAGCUAUGCAGAUUGCAGCAAACAUAUCUUUCCUCGAAAAGGCCAGUGACUAUUUUCUACGGCAUGCUGCUCAACUUUGUGGAAUCCCAAGCCGAUCAGUUGAGAGGCCUCAAGCCAGUUUAGCUGCAAAGGUUGUCCUCAAAACAUCUAGAGAUGCAGCAUAUCUUGCUUUGUUGAAUGUGGUUAACACCAAGUUGGACGAGUUCAUGAAGCUCACAGAAAACGUUAACUGGACUACAGAGGAAAUGCCACAAGGGCCGCACGAGUACAUGAACGAGGUUGUUAUAUACCUUGAGACUGUUAUGUCGACGGCACAACAGAUCCUCCCAAUGGAUGCUUUAUACAAAGUUGGGGUUGGAGCGAUCGAGCAUAUUUCAAACUCCAUCGUCUCUACAUUCCUCAGCGAUAGCAUCAAGAGAUUCAAUGCUAAUGCAGUCUCGGCCAUUAACCAUGACCUAAGAGUGAUAGAAAACUUUGCUGACGAGAGAUAUCACUCAAGUGGGUUAAACGAGAUCUACAAAGAAGGAAGCUUUAGAAGCUAUCUGGUUGAAGCUAGGCAGCUGAUAAACCUGUUGUCGAGUAGCCAACCUGAAAACUUCAUGAAUCCAGUGAUUAGAGAGAGGAACUACAACACUUUGGAUUACAAGAAAGUGGCUACAAUCUGCGAGAAGUUUAAGGAUUCUCCAGACGGGAUAUUCGGAAGCCUGGCAAAUAGAAACACAAAGCUGACAGCUAAAAAGAAAUCCAUGGAUAUGCUCAAGAAGAGACUCAAGGAAUUUAACUGAUUCUCUAUGAAACACUCGUAGGUCCUGACCUCCCACUCACAUCUUCAUCAUCAUUAUCAUUUAGGUUUACUAUUCCCUUAAUUUGCUUCUUCUGGUUACCUUCUGAUCUCGCUUUUGUCUUUCUUUCUUCUUUUCUAUAACCCAAUUUAUUUAAUCAGUUUCAGUUUUGUCCUAAUGAAAAAAGUCAUAUUUAUGUCUCA